UUACGAUAUUUUACGAAUUUACACGAAGACGAGAAAUCUCUUGUUGAGCUCUUCAGGUAAUUGUAGAUUUCAUGUACGCAAGGAGUUUAGCAAUACGUUAAAACGAUUAAAACGUUUGAGAAAAACCAUGCACUGAAGCGGAAUAAUUGCGGAAUUUUCGGCUGGGGAGACUGCACCCAUGCUGAGCUGUCUAUAGAAUCGCUAGUAGGCCUAACGCAAUUGAUUUGACUUCAAAUAACAUGAAAAGUGCAUUUCAUGCCUAAAUCAUCAAUAAAAUUAAACCAUCAUUAAUGGAUAAUAGAUAAAUUAUUAACACAUAAGAUAAAAGAAAGUGUAAAUUUGGACGUUUGGAGGGAAGCAACAAACUUCGCUCGAAACGUUCAAGUAUUUUUAUACUUUUCGGGGAUUAGUCAGACCUUCAAUCAAUUUCAUGAAAAUACCAAGGUUUUAUAUUCGGGUUUUAACUACAGUGUGCAGCUUUUUUGUUAUAGUUUCAUCUUUGCCUAUAAAUAUAGAAUUUAAGUUUAUUUAAGUUAAGAAUUGGCGAAUCAGUAUAGAAUUUGAUCUGCAAUAUCGAAUUUGUGCCAGCUAGAUAUACGCCCGUAUUCUAAAAGUUCACUCACACUCAAUGAGUGGAACGGUUCAAUCUGAGCUUCUCUCGAGUGUCAUUAAUGCUGUUUUUGAAUAGCUGGGGGGGCUAGUGUCAUACCUUACUAUGUGACUACUCACUCUCCAGCUAUUCAAACACAGCAUUGAUACUCAAGAGAAGCUCAGAUUGAACCUCCACUCAUUGAGAGUGAGUGUGAGUGAGCUUUUAGAAUACGGGCGUUAGAUUCAAUAAAAAUUAUCAUACAUGUUAUAUGAUUGAUUGACAUGUUGGCACUGCACUGAUUAUACCAGAAAGAAUAAAUCGUUCUUGACUUUGAAGAAGGCCUCGAUCGUCGCUUAGAGUCUAUUCAUUUACAGUGUAAGUUAUUUAUAGUCUGGUGCUAUUUUGUAGAUUUUAACGUAUGUAUAUGUAUAGUACGCUCUUGUAUAUAAAUUAUGAGCAACAUCAUACCCCGUUCACAUACUGUAGGUAUACGAGUUUACAACAAAUGGGUUGAAGUAUAUUCUGGCAUUUCACUUUCAGAUUAAAAAUUGUUGAGUGUUGUGUGGUAGUUUAGGUAGCAAAUAAUACACUUUGCUGGCGUCUGUGUAUGAUGAAACUGCCUGAAAAAUAGAGGAACUUCGACGUUUCGAGCGAAGGAAAAAGUUGUGGCUACUAACUUCAAGACGAAGCGCCUUUGUUCGAAACAUCGUUCUAUUUCGAUCUGUCAGGUUAAUAUUAAAUCACAGAUGUCACAGAUGUCACCAUGAAUGUUCGCUAAAUAAACCGGCACCCAACAUUCAAGAAUAUGAAAGUAAAGGAUUGCACCCAAACUGUAUAGCUUUAAUAUAUAUUUAGCAAUCUUCAUUGCACAGUUAAAAGCAACCAUGGCAGCCAUGCAUGCCGCCAUGCCCGUCACGCAGUAAAUAUUGCUAUUGAGAGUAACUUAACUGCCCUACAUGAGUUAAUAAUCGUUUCGUAUAGCUUUGGCAUGCACUGAGGAAUCAGUUUUUUACAAUCUUAUAAAAGAAAAUCAGUUGCUUUCGAGUUACAGGGCGUUAGUUGCUUCGCAAUAUAGUGGCCGACCUGUUGUACUCGUAAUUAUCAUGGCGGUCUGCGGACAUUUUUGCCAAAUACAAAAUUAGAGACACAACCAUUUAUGAUAGGUUCGUAAAUCAGGUGUCAGAGAACAAGACUAUUGAAUUCAAAAACAAUUUAACUUUACGAAUGGCGAGUUAUGGCGGAUAUAUUUUACAGCAAAUCACAGCAUGCUUCGAGAAUAACAUUAAAGAUAUUCUUCAAUGCAAAAUAACGGGUUUACUUGCCACACAGGAAAGUGGACAGCUACAAGUUAUGUUCUCAUUUUGUGGAUAAGAUAUUUGGGAUUAAAAAUACUUCAUUUACAGGCAGAAACCGUUGUGAAAGCAUUUGAAAUAUGAAAUAUUGAGUUGUGAAGUAUUGGGUUGUGAUAACCGGUCCCAGGCCUUUUGCUCGGCUGGCUUUGACAAGGGAAACUAAGAUGCCAUUAUUUUGUAUGUGACGUCAUACUUACCAAAUGCCAGUCCAAAAUUACCAAACCUGCCAAAAAGCCAGAGGAGUAAAGGGCCUGGGUUGUGGACUGGCGGAUGUGGAAUAGCGGAAAGGCGGUAACGGAUGCAGAAUGGCGAUCACAGAUAGGUUUUUUAUCGUGUAAAAAUGUUUUGUACAUAGUAAUGGUAGUACAUUUCACCCUAACGUUUAUACAUAUUGUGUUCACAGUGUAGAUUUUGGCGUAGCCUGCGUGGCAGGCCAUUGAAUAUUGGCAUGCAAUUGCAACAAUGUCAAGGAAAUUUGGUAUUUCGGGGCCGUGAGCGGACUCAAAAAUCCUAUUGGCUAAAAUAAUAAUAUAUGCCAAAAUACGCAUAAAUUAUAUAGAACCGUCUGUGGCGCAAUGUUUAUACGCUUUCAAUAAAAGCGUAUGUUUUUUUAAGGAGCACUGUGAAUUUGGCUUUUAAACUAAAAACAGAACAGCUGCAAAUCGUUGAGAUGUUUUGGCUGGUUUUCUCAUUGGAUAUCUGCCUUGACAAGUCGAAGAGCAUGGAUACAAACCCAUGCACGCGCGUGUUGGUAUUUCUUUAAAUAAUACAGUAGCUAUACCCGAUCAAUUUGAAAUACUAUUGACAAAUUAUGUAUCCUAUUAAAGUUUGGAAUACAUGUUGCUUUAUGUAUUUAUGAAACUUACUACUCGAUCUACAAAUUACGUUGCUUUUAUGUUAUUAUGAGCUUUACAGCAGACUACAAACUAUACAGUGCAAUUUCAGUAGCUUGUAUUGUGAUAUAUUUUCAGAGUUAAUUGUAAACGUUUAUACUGUUCAGCCGUUGCAAUUUUGAAACAUAUAGAUUUGUCCUGACUUACAUAAACUUCAGCUUUGAUUUUCUCGACUUUGACAACGUUUAUUUUUUAAAUUACUUCGCCAAUGAACUCAUAAGAUGAGUCGUUGUUUAAGCACGUUAAAACAUUCACAUCCGAUCUUUAUCUGAUAUACAAACUCUCGCCUUCGGCUCGAGUUCGUAAAUCAGAUAAAGAUUGGCUGCUCAUGUUUUAACUAGUACGUAACGGUUGAGUAACGGUAUUUGAACUGUUUAUCAAGUCAAAAUGUUUUGUUGUAGUGAAUUGUAUCACAUACAAAUGUACCAAACCGACAUCGCCGGUGUAAACUCUGUUUUAUUUAUUCCAAAAGUAAUUUAAACUGUUAAUUUUUUAAAAGUUUGAAUUCUCGAGCUACUCUAUGAAUUCUCGAGCUACUCUUUAGUUAUUACUCACACUGCACACACACACAAAUUUCAGAGAUAUGAUUGGUUGGAUUGGAAAUAAAUUAUCAUAGUAAUUAGUGGGCGGUGAUCAAAUUUCCUUGAGAUUGUUGCAGGCUCUCAUUUACCCAUUGAGCCUGCCACGCAGGCUAAUUUUGGCGAACAUCGUAUAUCAACCUAAAUAUUUAAAUAUAAGAAUGUAUGUUUUAAAGUAUUCCAAAAAAAGAAAACUGAUAUCAGAAAAACAAGCCCAACUAAACAUGCUUGUACAAAGGUCCAUUGUUAGUAAACUUAUAGUUGUCUUUGAAUAUAUACAGGUGUCCCCAAAAAUGCCGAAUAGCUGUGCUCUCCAAUUCUCACACAGCUAAUUAUUAGUAGGGAUCGAAAAUUCAACUUAAAGAACCAAUAUGUUAUGGGUGUUUAAAGUAAGGGACCAUCGAAACUUUUCACACUUAACACAACUGAUGCAUGAUUUCAAUGGUCCAUUGGGUAAUCGUGAAUCAGAUUUUUUAAACAGCGAUACAUUGGUAUACUGCACCAAUGUUAAUAAUCUUAAUGUCAAAAUUAAUAUCUUAGAUUGUAUUUUCGAUCCUCACUAAUAAUUAACUGUGUAAAAAUCUGGAACAUAGCUAUUGCAUUUUUUUGGGAUACUCCUGAAUAGCAAUGGCAAAAAUCAAACAAAGGCGUGUCAGGUCAUUAAUUCUCUUCUAUACAACUUAAGAAUAUUUGCUUAAAACGUUCAUUUCCUGUGUUUUUGUAUAUUAUUAGGCUGGAGUGAUCAAAAUGCCUGCCGAUGAUAACACAGAAGCUCAUAAUGAAGUGCCUGAACCACAGGAAACCGCUCAGCAUGGCCAGCUGCAAGACGCAGCAAGACGCAAUCAAGGUAAAUACUAUUAGUUCUUGUCUAGGAAGCAUUAGUUUCACAAUUUAAUAUUCCAUUGUGUAAGACCAAAACAGGGCAAAGACCUUUUCCUAUUGUCCACAUUUGGAAUAACUUGCCGUCCUUUAUAAAGUCAAGCGAAUGUCUAGGUACAAGUAGUUUUAAAAGUAAAUUAUAAGGUCGCAUCUCCUAAGUGAAUAUUUGACAGCUAGUUGAAUUGGAACACCAACAUGGCGGCUCUGACGUCAUGUGAAAACGCUCGAGUGUAUCUAAAAGUCGAGGGUCGAGAGUAAAGGUCGAGAGUCGAGAGUAAAAGUCGGGAGUGGAGAGUAAAAGUCGAGAGUCGAGAGUAAAAGUCGAGAGUCGAGAGUAAAAAGUCGAGAGUCGAGAGUAAAAAGUUGAGAGUCGAGAGUAAAAAGUCGAGAGUCGGCAAAUGUCAUCAGAAACAACAAAGUCAAAAUAUUUUUAUUUUUUAACCACGUUUAACACAAUCUAUAAACAUAUAUAUAUAUAGCUUUACAUGGCCAUUCCGUAACAAGUACCAACGGCUGAAAUACAAACUUUCCAAUAAACAUUGCUACAACAGUCAAUAAUCAGUGGCGGAAAUUCACUUUUCCGGUGGGGGGAGGGGGGUGGGGCAAAGCCUCCUAAAUUUCAGACAAAACUUUGAAAUUUACGACGUCCCCCCACCCCCAUUUGCACUCCAAAAGACUGUUUUUAGCCCUCUUUUAGAUCUAAAAUUCGUCAAUUUUCCGGAAGGUUGGGGGGGGGGGCGCCCCACCACGAUUUCCGCCACUGUCAAUAAUAAUAGCGUGAUAACAAAAACAAAAAAGUUUGGAUAAGAAAAUAAUAAUAUCGCAUUUGAUGCCUCAAUCUUGCUAAAUGUUUUCACAUGUCAUUUCAUUCUAACUGACAUGCACAUAAACUUCGCUGAAUUUUGACAGCCAUCUCCAGGCUUGUAACUAAAAUGUCACUUAUUCAUUAACGUACGUUUAUAGCAAACGAGAGCGUAUUAAGAAAUCCACGUUGAUCACAAUCUAACGAUUCAUACAAUUGUGAAUUCAUAAAUACGAGCCAGUAAAAAUAGGAUUCUUUUGUCGUAUGUGCGACUCUAUCGGGUGGUAAUAUGUCUCGCACGUGAUUGUAAAGUCCUAGUAUUUAUAUGUAGCUUCACAUAUGAGUAAUUUUUCGCGGAAAUAGGUGCAUGCAAAAGUGGGAAGGAUGGACAGUAAUAUAUAAGGAAGCGAUAAAACUAGCUAUUAGAUAAUAAUUAUUAUUAUUGAAUGUUGUGGCUAAAUUUUUGCGAAAGUUUUUGUUUUAUAUUAUACUGGAUUAUUCCUUUGAUUGUAUAUGCCUCUUGUUUACUUUAAUUUCGAGAAUUUGACUAUACUAAAUUAUGUUUCGCAAAUAUUGUUUGCUUUAAUUAUGUUCCGAUACACAGGAAAUGAAAUUAGUGCAGCCGUCAUAGGCGUACGGGCGGGAAGAAAUUUACCCGAUCGACUUGUACCCACUGAAUAAAAUUUUCCGUGUAACUAAAUUUCCAAAAUUGUCUUUGGGAAGUAGAUAAAAAUAUUUUCCUAUUUGUCGAUUCCUCGUUACUUUUACAUAUUUCUGGUAUUUUCAAAUACCAUAUUGCAUGUACUGUCUUCUUUUUAAAUUUAUUUCCCCCAAUUUUUGCCCGAAUUUAUACGUUUAUAAUUUGCAUGACUUAAUUUAUUUUGACUGGGGGGCGGGACUGCCCCCCCCCCCUCGCCCGUACAGCUAUAAUCAGCCGUUGUUACGAGUCGUUUUCUUUCUUUUGGUGGAUGUGAGCGGGUGGAUGAGUUGUGAAUGUUUAGAUGAAGGUACAUGUACUCAGAACAUUCAUUACUCAUCUGCUCGUUCGCAUGCAUCGGGGGAAGAGUGUCGCGCCUGGAAUCGCAGCGGAGGUUGCAGAUGUAAACGGUGUUACAUUAUAUAGCCUUAUUUAUGCACUGUUACGCACUUAUGUUAUUGUAUAUAUACUUGUUAUACACUGAUCACCGAUUGAUACCAGCCAAUAUAUGUAAUUGACUGAACGGUCUUUUUUAUCAGUAUAAAUAAAGAUUUUAUUAUUAUUAUUAUUAUUAUUAUCGGUUAUAUAUUGUGUUAAAAGUAUUUUGACUUUGUUGUUUCUGAUGACAUUUGCCGACUCUCGACUUUUUACUCUCGACUUUUUACUCUCGACUCUCGACUUUUACUCUCGACUCUCGACUUUUACUCUCGACUCUCGACUCUCGACCUUUACUCUUGACUCUCGACCCUCGACUUUUAGAUACACUCAAAACGCUCUAUUAGGAUUAAAUUUAUUAUCCAGUAUAACUAUUUAAUCUUGAAUGUAAAAUUGUCGACAAUUAAGUAUUGUAUUGUAUUUCAAACUACCGUAUACUCUUGCUGUUUCAGGAUGGCAUACCACCCAAGCCACAGUACCGCAGGGAGAUGCUCGGAGGUCUCGGAGUGUGCGAAGAACCCAUUCGGCAAUUAUUAUGCAAAUGCCAAGAAGACCGCGUAGACCUACUCAAGAAAGCAUAGAAGGCUUAUCGCGCAGCAGAGCUGCAUCGUACGAGGGUUCCUACAGGAAUGUGCGAACAAGCGUUGACCAGACUCGUCAUUCGGCGAUCAUUGUGCUAACAGAAAGAACUCAAAGAAGGCCACCAGAACGAAGUGCUAUGGGUCAGGUGUACGCUCCAAGACAGCGCAGACCUAUAGAAGAAAGCGCAGAAGGCUUAUCACAUAGCAGAGAUGGAUCGCAGGAAGGUGCCUACAGGAGUGUGCGAGCACGUGUUAACCACACUCUACAUUCGGCAAACCUUUUGCUAAAGGCGAGCGGCACGCUCUAAGGCAAUCCACGCCAACGUAACACAACGCGGCAGUCGCACCAAACAGCAGAAUGGCCCGACCACUGGAUAAUGCGAAUCAAGACUUGUAGCACAACUAUGUGUUACAGCUAUUUAUAAUAUAGCAUUUAUAUAUUCUGAACGAUGAUUCGCUAAGAGCCAUGUCGAUAUAACUCAAUGUCAACACGGAAAAUUUCUUUUUUUAUAUUUCUUCGUGCUAUACUGUAUUAUAAAAAACAACAUUUUUUCCGUAUGGAUAUACAGUUAUUGGAAAUUGGGAAAACUCGAAAUUGUGUGAAAACACCCCGCCCUCCGGGCGUCGUGUUUCCAAACAAUUUCUCGUUUUCCCAACUUUCCACUCGUGUUGAUAUACUGUAUAUCAAUUAACACGGAAAAUGUUUUAUAUUUGUUAAGUGUUACAUUUCUCCAGCUGCAUUUUCCCUCUUACUAAUGGUUUUCUUAAUAUUGUUGUGUUACUUACCUGUUGAUCGUAGCGACUCAAAGAUUAAUAACUAAAAGAUUACUGAAUCACUCAAGCCCAUGAUGCUUUGCGCCUGCUUGUCCGAUCUCCAUUGUCAGUACCACUUUUGUAAUUGGUGUGGUAAAGUAAAAUGAAAUAAAAAAGAAAAAGUUCUUUGUAGGUUUGCAUACCAGUAAUAAAUGUUUUAGCUUGUG